AUGACGGAUGUGGUAGACAAUGCCACCAGGCCAAAAGCCAGCCCUAUGAACACACCACUACCACCGGGUGAUGUGCCAGACCCCCUACGAGAUCCUCUGCUCGGCAAAGCACAGCACAUGGCAGUUGACGAAGGUGCUGAUAGCAGACGCCCAGGAGCCAAGAGGGUGAACGACCAAGGGGCUCCUUCCCCUACCCGGGCAAGGGGAGAUCCCCAAGGCCAACAGAUUACUCUCGACGCUAUUCGCGGACUUCUGCAGGAACAAACAAGAUCCUUGACGGACAGCCACCAGCAGGACUUGAUGGACCUCAAAACUGCGACAUUUAAAGAACUGGGCAGCAUCAAGAAGGACGUGCGAAAGCAUGGGGACUACAUUGAUCAACUCAGAGAGAAUCAGGAGAAGCUUGAGGAAAGAAUGAAACAUCUGGAGCUACGAGGACCAGCUUCCCUUGCUACAACAACAUCGGACGUGGAGCGACCCAACCUGCUCAUCCUGGGCGGAUGGCCCCAGGAUACGCAGAAAGAGACGCUUCUGACAGAACUCAGAGAUUGCCUAAAGCAGCUGGGUCUUGAAGAGUCCUUUGAGGAUGUGUUCUGCACGGGCCCUAGACGAGGGUUCGCCAUGGCCUUUGUAACUAUGCAAGCGAGUGAAUCGGGAUCCCAGAUUAAGAGGCGAAUGAUUACCAUCGCACAACAGAUUCAGCGCGCUGCUCUUUGCGCCCCCAGUAUGGAGACAAAUCGUAUCCUUAAGGCGACCCUUGGGAAAUCCAAGUACGAACGGCUGAUCUCCAACCACACUGGAAAGACCAAGCGGCUUAUUCUCACUAUAUCGCCAAACAGCCAGGCAUUUGUGGAGACCGAAUACUCGGCAGGCAACGUGUGGUUCCAUUCCAAGUUAGUGGCCAGUGCUACCCGCAUGCGGCCGCAUGUCAACUGCACACCUGGGAAACCGGAAAGAAGCUGGCUGGAUAUCCCAAUGCUGGCGACGAUGCUCAAGAUCACGGAAGGCGAGAUUGCACAACAGUGGUCCUACCCGGACAACAAUCUGCACUGCUGGCCGCAGAAAGCUUCCGGGUCCCAGGAUGAUGCCAAAAGGCACCCAAGGACCCUGAUGCCAGAUCUGCAACCAUACACAAAGAUCCCUCUAGCAUGCUGGAAUAUCGGCGGCACGAGUCCGUCCGAUGCUGUACAGUCUACCCGACGUGCAAUGGAGACAAAGCCGCAAAUCCUCAGCAUCCAGGAGAUGCCGAGACGAGAGGUUGGCUGGCAUACCGAGGUGAUAGAGGACCUAACGGUGGUCCAAUACCGGCAUGAUGAUCGCCAAUGGAGGGGCAACGCAAUUGCCUACGGCUCAGAUUUUCAGGUACUCCGGCGCAGAGGGUGCCGUUUCGGAAUGUGGCUGCGACUCAGACACCUCCCCUCGUCUAGUGAGAUUUGGAUAGGCAGUCUUCGGUUGAGUACUGGGGUUACCAGUGACGUUACUGCAGACGAGUUGCAGGAGGUCUGUAAAAUUCUCCCAGCUACUCUUCUGCCUGUCAUCCUGAUGGGAGACUUCAAUACGAAGCUCAAGUGGACAGAUGCCCUGGAUACACAAGGGGACCUUCUCCCCACUGAGGCCAGAUCGGAGUACGUGCUGUCAGAACUGGGCAGUUGUGGUUUGUGCAUGAAAGCCCCCAUCAAGCUUCAAUGGGAUGUGCCGACUAGCAGACCUAGGUGGACAGUUACAAGCAGAUUGGGGGAGACCACGAAAGGACAGCUACAGGCCCGACGCGGCGCCCAGGAGGAAUGGAGAAGUGAGAGGAACGAGAGAGCUGCAUCUGGACAUUGGCAGAGCUUCAAUGCACUUAAGCCAUCUUCCGGCCAUGAAUGGACGGUGCAUUACGUGGAGGCAGCCGAGGCGCGACAGCCACCAAGAUGGAAUAAGGACAUUGACACCGGGAAUCACUUCACCCUUGAAGACCUGAGAGAGGCAAUCCUGAGAGGAAGGAAGAAUAAAGCCGUAGGGGAAGAUGUGGUCCCUUAUGAGCUGAUCCAGUCCCUGUGCGAAGAUGAAACCACUGAAUGGGCUUUCCUGGAGUGGAUGGAACGACUAAGUCUUGAUACCGAAUGGCACCUUGGUCUCAGCUGGUGCCGCAUCGAUAUUCAAAAGGCUUUUGAUACAUUAGCUAGGGAUCGCACGCUUCGGCUCCUGAGAGACAGACUGCCGCCAGAAAUGUUUCUGGAAUACCGCUGUUGGGAGAGACUCUUCUAUGAAGGAACAGCGGUAAUAAAGACACCAUGGGGAGAUGCGGAGAUUCCCCAAGGCAGGGGAAUACGACAGGGAUCAGUGGAGUCCCCAUUCUUGUUCUCCAUCGCAAUUGAGAUGGCUCUUUAUGAUGCAUUGCAGAACAAGGAUUGGCCAAAAGUCAUACCGGCAGCACCCGACAUACCUCUUGCUGAGCUCUUGUUUAUGGACGAUACAUUGCUUUGGGCAGCUAACCGUGACUUCUUGCUCACAAAGUACCGUAUCCUUAAAGAAGAGCUAGCCAAGUGGGGGCUAAAAGUCAACCCGGAGAAAACCUCGUACUACUGCUCCCCGCACAGCACGACCCCAGGACCCAUCAUACUUGAUGGCCAAACGAUCGCAUCCAAGAAGUUCUAUGCGAACAAGCACAUCUUUUUGGCAAGCAGUUGUAAGCCCUGUGGAAUGGGAACCCUCUGGAUGCUCGUGAUGACCAUCCAGUGGUGGAUAUGGGGCGUGAUCCUGCAGCCGACACAAGGCAAGCAGCUACUUCAAGAAGACGAACAGCCCAAGCCAACCCGCAACUACGACACCAUGCACUACGAGCACUACGAGCACGACGAAACCCACGACAUAGAGAAGCGGCUGUGGAAACAAUCCGAAGAAGAGGACCCAGACCGGCGUCUGGUUCCCAGCGCCCACGACACCAAGCGCCACGAGUACUACGAGACCCACGACACCGUGAUGCAGCUCCCUGGACGACAUGAGGACGAAGAACUCUCCCUAUGGCAGAAGGGCAAUGAGCCCAAGCUCAGCGACCUGUUCUGGCAAUGCUGGGAACAGGGAAUGCAGAUGAAUGAGGCGUUUGCCUAUGCCCACCACCGCCUCACCGCGGAAAAUGCUGGACGAGACCGCGACCGCAGUCUGCAGACACUCCGCCACCUCGCUGAACCGCUGGGCGGCUACAGGCCACAGACUACACCCAUGGAGGCAUCGCCGUUGAUGCGCACAGUGGGGGCGCAGAUCGCAGACGUCUGCAACACCGUUGCAGGAACUUCCACAUGGAGCAGGCCAGACACCAACAAUAGCGAAACGGACCUCACAAUCGCCGCUUCGCCAGUUGAAGAUCGACCCGGCCACUCCAGCAACAGCGAUGGGAACCACACAGACAACCAGCCGAACGUGGACACCCGAGAAGCGCAUUACGUGAUCCAGGACGACCAGGAAGACUCCAGCAGCAGCGAUAUGAACCAGACAGACAACCAGCCGAACAUGGACACCGAGAACGCGCAGUACAUGAUCCAGGAUGACAAUGAGGACCAGGUCAGCUAUGUCAGCAUGCCAAAGUACCACAGCAGGAUGCCCAUGGCAACAACCAUACAACAGGAAGAACGCCCAGGUUCCGAUGACACAGAGGAGGGGGACACAGUACAGCUCAUGGAUGAUGGUGGAUGGCGGCCGGAUAAACGCAAGAUGAGCCCCACCAGACUAUGGCGUGAGCUACCGCCAUCGCAGAAGAGCGAAUCAGUCCGCAAACUGAUUCCCAGACAGCCGCCGUGGAAGAAGCAGAACAACCCUCCUCUGGCUGAUCGAGAACGACCGCAUCCGCCGCCUCCAAGAUCCCCACCGCCCGGGAAACGGGCACCCAAACCAAAGGCUAGACCGGGGACAUGCAGAGAUAGACCGCAACGAGGGACCACCGACACCCCGCACGAGACCGUGGACAUCGUCACUGACCCAGAAGAUGAACAGGAACAGGUGGAAGUAGAAAUGACAGAGGAGGAUGCGCUUGCAGUGUGGCACUCCCUCUUCGAGAUGAACCAACAAGAGCACAUCAAUAUCCUCGAUGCGCCGGUGCUGCCCACCCACAUAGCGGACAACAUCGUCGACACACUGGUGGAUCGGCCUCAACAUGAGCACGACCUCCUCGUCGACACGCUGUUGCUUUUCCAGGGAAGGCUGCAGAUGGACUUCGCGAGAGCUCUCCGCAGAGCACGAGACCUCAGGGCCAGGCUGGGAACGGCUGGAAGCUCCAACGACAAGGUCGACCCCUACCAAGAAGCGGACGAGACGGAUGACACAGCCCAUAUGCAAACAACGAUAGAGAAGAGUGUCAAGCAGGUGGCUACAAAGGAGGACCUCCUGCUGAACAAGCUGCACAGGGCCUUCAUGCAGCUCAGAACGACAACGGCGAGCAGCAGGGCACUGAGGAUGGCCAACCUCCUGGCCGACCACGACGGCCCCCUCAUGGUGGACCGAGCGCUACUGGAGAGCCUCCUCAUAGCGGUCAACGAAGAGACACCUCCAGCUGCUGAAGGAGAUCACUUGCUGAUGGAACAUCAGUGGGUCACAAUAUGGUGGAAGCGACUAAAAGGGGAGCCGGAAGUGACGGAUGACGACGUGGAAGAGGUGCUCCAGAACAUCGAGGACAAGAUCGCUGACCAGGAGACAGCCACCAGAGAAGCGGAACAGGCGCACCACGAGGCACAGGAAGCGCAGUACUACCGCCACCUCGAGGAGGCGGCCGAAAGCCACCAAGAGCAAGUCAAAGCAGCGGAGGCCCAGGCACUGGACGACGCUGUUCUUCAAGCAAGCAUGGAAUUCCGGCAGACCCGGUCGAGAACGCGUAUGUGCCUGGGAGUAUGCAUAGAGGCAGGACAAAAAGUGAGGGCCUGGGAGUGGGAACUGGACAAAGGGACAGAAGUUCAGAUCCACAUCAAGGCCGAGCCCAGAACGUUCCCAGGACAGUGGUUCAAGAACAAUGUCCCGGUCCACGAGAGCGAAGUGCCUGACAUCCUCAAGGAACCGGCCUCCUCCACGACGACCCCACGAACGCCGAGCAUGGCCCGCCGCUACUAUGACAUCACCAAGCCUGCUACGAGGGAGCUGUUUGACCGAUGGCAGCGUCGGGAGAUCUCCCCACAACAAGUUGUUCAAGUAGGAGGCACAGGAUUGCUGGCCUACUUUCACGAGCAACUCACCUUGAUGGAGCAAGAGACCAUGGACGCGCAGAUGGCGGACAUCCCCGACGAGGUACUACAGGACCUGCAAGGGAGAGACACACUCAACCUGCUACACCCCGCUGACGACCACACAGAGCAUGAGAUGGACGUGGUGAAUGGCGUAGAAGGCCCGCUCGUGAACCCGGUCGCAUGUGAGCCCCAGUCAACAGUGAGUGAUGCUGUAGCGGGAGAGAAUAAUGAAGUGGUCUCUGCAUCUCCCGAUGCUGAGGGAGGAACCACACCAACACAAGCUGAUGUAGAGACAAACUCCGCAGAGCACCCGGAUCCAUAUUUUAAUGGCAGGCUGUGGUUUGAGAAGUAUGGGUAG